AGUGCUCCCUCUCGCGCGCUCGGUGCGCAGCAGCAGCAGCAGCAGCAGCAGCAGCAGCAGCGCUCCUCUGACGCACUCUCGGAGAUGAGCAUCCCAGUCCCGCAGGCUGUCAGGACAGACGCUCCCGACCUCUCUCCCUCCGAAGCUUUCAACCUCCAACUCCAUCCCUCUCAUUUCUUUAACGUUUCUUUUAUUUAUUUWUUUAUUUUUUGCGCAUUUCUCUCCCAUUCUUCUCUGGGUUUUCCACUCCGAGCUCUGCGUUUGGCAGUGAUGCUCUCAUCUCUUGGCUGGGRAUUUACUCCGGAGGACAGAACUGUCAGGAGUGAUUAAUUUCUGUCCGCACUUCUUCCRUGGUUCUGUUGGUUUCCUUGCUGAUUCUCGGGCAUCGUUCCGAACCUCCUGAGACAAGCGCUCCACAUUAAAGGUGAGAAGGCGGKGGAGCUGUUUUGGCAGGAGAUCGUUCAGAUGACGGACACCGAGAGGCUGCAGAUCUCCAUCCGCAGCGCGACUUCCUGAGCGCGUGGAAUAUUCUCAGAGGUGUUAUUUCUCCAGCAGAGAUAUUGUGUCAGGUUUUGGUCAGAACCCGUACAGGAAGCGUGCCCACUGCAGGGGUUGCUGCGCCUGCUUCCGGCUCUUCCCCCCCUCCCCAAAUUUCCCUCCAGAGGUGGGCUUUGAUCGUCCUGGACCAGCCCGGAUUGGCGAUGCCCGGACAGUGAGCGCGCGGCGGCGGCGGCGGCGGCGGCUGCGGCGGCGGUGGUGGGAUUGUUUCGGUCACCCUGCUCCGUAGCAGCAUGGCUCCAGCCCGGAGGGACCGCGGCGGCCGGGAGAUGCUCCUGCUCCUCUCCGCUCUGCUGUUCCACCCCGCGCUGGCCAAGGUGUGCAACGACCGCACCAAGCACGGCCAGGACAACAGCUGGUUCACCAGGGACGGGGAGGACCUGCCCAUCAUGGUGCUCAUGCCCAUGAACGAGUCGGCCCCGAUGAGCAGCAUCAGCCAGGGCAUCGAACCGGCGGUCCAGCUGGCCAUCCAGCACAUACGGGAGUCCAGGAGGUACCCCUUCUCACUCAUCACCAAGAUCUACGACACGGAGUGCGACAACGCCAAAGGACUGAGGGCCUUUUUUGAUGCCAUAUGCUACGGUCCCAAACACCUGAUGAUCUUCGGCGGGGUCUGCCCCUCUGUCACGUCCAUCAUCGCAGAGUCUUUGGAGGGUUGGAAUCUGGUGCAGCUGUCCUUCGCAGCAACAACCCCGGUUCUGGCAGACAAGAAAAAGUACCCCAACUUCUUCCGCACCGUCCCGUCCGACAACGCUGUGAACCCGGCAGUGGUCAAGUUUCUCAACCACUACAACUGGACUCGUGUGGGGACCCUCACACAAGACGUGCAGAGGUUCUCAGAGGUGAGGAACGAUCUGACCAGUGAGCUGGAGAAAGCAGACAUUCAGAUAGCAGACACAGAAAGUUUCUCCAAUGAUCCUUGUGUCAACGUCAAAAAGCUCAAGGACAACGAUGUGAGRAUCAUCAUUGGUCAGUUUGAUGAAAACUUGGCCUCCCAAGUCUUCUGUUGUGCGUAUAACUUGAACAUGUUUGGCAGUAAGUACCAGUGGAUCAUUCCGGGCUGGUACCAACACAAGUGGUGGGAGCAGGCUAAUACCACCAACUGCACGGUCAAGAAGCUUCUCACUGCCAUGGAAGGGUACAUCAGUGUGGACUUCGAGCCGCUCAGCUCUAGGCCAGUCAAAGGCAUCUCUGGCAGGACCCCCCAGGAGUACGAGAUGGAGUAUACCAGAGAGCUUCGGCAGAAAGGUGUGGAGGCAAGCAAGUUUCAUGGCUUUGCCUACGAUGGGAUCUGGGUAAUUGCUAAAACCUUGACCCGAGUGAUGGAGCUGCUGCGGAUCAAACAAAGGCAGAACACCUACCACAACUUCACAGUCGAUGACCGGGAUGUAGGAAAAAUGGUUCUGAAUGUGAUGAAUGAGACGAACUUYAAUGGUGUAACGGGUCAAGUCAUGUUCCGUAAUGGAGAGAGGAUGGGCACAAUCAAAUUUAACCAGUUUCAAGAUGGUCAAGAAUUGAAAGUGGGCGAGUAUAAUGCCAUUGCGGAUGUGCUGGACCUCAACAACACAAUCAAGUUCCAAGGUGUGGAGCCUCCAAAGGAUCGCACGUUUGUACGMCAUCAGCGGCGCCACAUCAACGUGCCGCUCUACAGCAUCCUGUCCACCAUCACCAUACUGGGCAUGCUCAUGGCCGGMGCUUUCCUCUUCUUCAACAUCAAGAAUCGAAACCACAGACUGAUCAAGAUGUCCAGUCCCUACAUGAACAACUUGAUCAUCUUAGGAGGGAUGCUGUCCUACGCGUCCAUCUUCCUGUUUGGUCUGGACGGAGGUUUUGUUUCUGACAAAGAGUUCGAGACCCUUUGCACUGUCCGGACGUGGAUCCUCAUUGUUGGAUACACGACGGCGUUCGGCGCCAUGUUCGCCAAGACGUGGAGGGUGCACGCCAUCUUCAAAAAUGUGAAGAUGAAGAAAAAGAUCAUAAAGGACCAGAAGCUGUUGAUAAUCGUUGGAGGGAUGCUGCUUAUCGACUUGUGCAUUCUCAUCUGCUGGCAGAUUGUGGACCCUCUCAGGAGGACCGUGGAGGAAUACAGCUUGGAGCCAGACCCACAAGGCCGGGACAUCGCCAUCCGUCCCUUCUUGGAGCACUGUGAGAACACCCACAUGACCAUUUGGCUUGGCAUCGUCUAUGCCUACAAGGGACUGCUAAUGUUGUUUGGUUGUUUCCUGGCCUGGGAGACCAGGAACGUGAGCAUUCCUGCUCUCAACGACAGCAAAUACAUCGGGAUGAGUGUGUACAAUGUUGGCAUCAUGUGCAUUAUUGGUGCUGCAGUGUCUUUUUUAACCAGAGAUCAGCCCAAUGUCCAGUUCUGCAUUGUAGCUCUGGUGAUCAUCUUUUGUAGCACCAUCACCCUCUGUCUGGUCUUUGUUCCCAAGCUAAUCACCAUGAGAACAAACCCAGACGCAGCCACCCAGAACCGAAGGUUAAAGUUCACGCAAAAUCAGAAGAAGGAAGACUCCAAGACCUCCACCUCAGUCACCAGCGUCAACCAGGCCAACACUUCCAGACUGGAUGGUCUUCAAACUGACAACCACCGCCUUCGCAUGAGGAUAACUGAGUUGGACAAGGAGCUGGAGGAAGUGACCAUGCAGCUGCAGGACACCCCAGAGAAAACUCCCUACAUUAAACAGAACCAUUACCCAGAUGCCAAUAACAUCCUCAGCAUACGCAACUUCACAGAUGGGAAAGAUGGAGAGAAAUCGAUACUGAAGAACCACCUGGAGCAGAAACCACAAGCACAGUGGGGCUCCAUGGAUCCCUCCAGAAUAAGCAGAGGUCCCCUGGAGGAUAUCAACUCACCUGAACACAUACAGCGUCGACUGUCUUUGCAGCUUCCCAUCCUGCACCAUGCCUACUUACCUUCCAUAGGAGGGGUUGAUGCCAGCUGCACCAGCCCAAACGGAAGCCCUGGUUCCAGUCCGAGGCACAGACACAUGCCCCCCUCCUACCGCGUAAUGGUCUCAGGCCUGUGAGCUUUGUUCCCUCUCCCACCUGGUUCUGUGCAGACGAGACACAAAUGGUUCUUAUUUUCUACAAACUCAAUGGACUGAUAUCAUCAGCGUCCGUGCGUAUUUCGUCUUCGACUGAACAGAGUGAGGAGGAGAGGACAACAUUUUUUGCUCUUCAUACGUCUGCACCCCAGUCUAACGAGAACUGAUCAUGUCAGUCGUGAAAUGGUGGUAGAAGACAGGCAACCCUUAAAAAAAUUCCUGUUAAUUAACAUCCUCGUGAUCAUCUUCCCCUUGCCUAGGCCUAUACAUAUUUGCACAGUCAGACACAGACAACACAGAUACACACUAAUGCACAAACAUCGUGACACCCCAACAGCUGCGGUGGACCAGCCCUGAUCUGACGUGUAGCCUUAUCUACUUCAGAGGGGAUUGUUUGUUUUGUUUUGUUGAUUUAUUUAUUUUUUUAUCUGUUGUAUGUACUCUGUGCUUGCGGCUACAUGUGAGCUUGUCAUCUAUCUUUAGCAUUUCACUGCUUUAGAAACUGGAUUUUGGUUUUGGGAAGGAGGAAUUUGCAAGAUCCUACUUUGUGCAGACAUGUAAAUAUCAUCGUCCCUGACAUUGAUGUACUGUAAGCUUUGAAUAUGCUGUGAAUGGACACUUUGAAAGGGUUUCUACAUGCGGACCUUUGCAAGAAAAUGAGGUAGACGUCAAAAUCGCAAAUGAAAACGCGGAAUUCUCCAAAUCAGACACACGAGAUACAAAUUUGCUCAUGUAGCUCUUAUUAUAAUUGGCUUAUAGGCAGAGAUAAGGCAUCAAAAUAAAAAAAAAGCUUCAGGUUCCAAUCGUCUGACCUGAACUGAGAUGCACGUCGCUCUUUUUUCCACUUUGCUAAUUUUUUACGAAUAAUUUACAUCAGAAACCUCAUGUCAUUGCAAAAGCAUUCAUAUUUUACAACUUGAUUAAUUUGUCUUUAGAACGCAUGUUUUACAAAAUAUUGAUGCUAUGCCUUUUAACAGGUCUCCUAGGCUAUAAAUAAAUAUAUACAUAUAUAUAUUAGAAAAUAGAGCAAAAAAAGAGUUUUAUUUUUACGUGUCACAUGCCGGGAAAUGUGCAAAUACAGGUGCAGACAUAAAAUCAGAAAGAGCACCUUAUGAAAUUAAGUGUUCUUAGAAUUAAAGAUGAAUAAGGUCGCAUUUAAACCUACAGCUCGGUCGUAAUAGACUACAAAGAUGUCCGUCUGAUCUAGUCCUCACAGCUUACCAGCACAGUUUAAGGUGAUAUGGGGG